UCUGCCUGGAAGAGAUCAAUGAUCCAAUCUGUUCAUGAGGACACCGUGCCCACCACUGCCUCUUUCAGCGCCAAAAUGUUCAACGUCACCUUGCAAGUCCUUGAACCUGCUGUCAACGGGACCCCUCGCCAGAGCAGCAGCUGCGUCCACCCCGACUGGUGGAGCUGGCUGAACACCAUCCAGUCCCCCUUCCUCUGGGUCCUCUUCAUACUGGCAGCUCUCGAGAACACCUUCGUCCUCAGCGUCUUCUGCCUGCACAAGAGCAGCUGCACGGUGGCGGAGGUCUACCUGGGCAAUCUGGCCGCGGCCGACCUGCUCUUGACCUGCGGGCUGCCCUUCUGGGCCAUCACCAUCGCCAACAACUUCAACUGGCUCUUUGGGGAAGUCCUCUGCCGUGUGGUGAACACCGUGCUCUACAUGAAUCUCUACAGCAGCAUCUGCUUCCUCAUGCUGGUGAGCAUUGACCGCUACCUGGCCCUGGUGAAGACCAUGUCCGUGGGCCGGAUGCGCAGGGUGCACUGGGCCAGACUCUACAGCCUGGCGAUCUGGGGCUGCUCGCUCUUCCUGAGCUUGCCCAUGCUGGUCUUCCGGACCAUGCAGGAGUACGGGGCCGAGGGCCACAACGUCACCGCCUGCAUCAUCAUCUACCCGUCCCGCAGCUGGGAGGUCUUCACCAACAGCCUCCUGAACUCCGUGGGCUUCCUGCUGCCCCUGAGCGUCAUCACCUUCUGCACCGUGCACAUCAUGCGCGUGCUGCGCAACAACGAGAUGCAGAAGUUCAAGGAGAUCCAGACAGAGAGGAAAGCCACUGUGCUGGUCCUGGCCGUGCUGCUACUGUUCAUCGUCUGCUGGCUGCCCUUCCAGAUCAGCACCUUCCUGGACACGCUGCUGCGCCUCAACAUCCUCUCCAGCUGCUGGGACGAACACGUGGUUGACGUCUUCACGCAGAUCGCGUCCUUCGUGGCCUAUAGCAACAGCUGCCUCAACCCGCUGGUGUACGUGAUCGUGGGCAAGAGCUUCCGCAAGAAGUCGCGGGAGGUGUACGGGCGGCUGUGCCGGCAAGGGGGCUGCGGGGCGGAGCCCAGCCAGACGGAGAACUCCAUGGGCACACUGCGGACCUCCAUCUCAGUGGAACACCAGAUUCACAAACUGUCGUAG